AGGAGUAGAAAUUAACGAAACCACAUGCACCGGUAGAUGUACCGGUGCGACGAGUAACACAACGGGCAAGACGACGAGGAAGACGAUGAGAAAGGGAAGCGCGGCUGAUCGAGCAGGAAGAAGAAGAAGAGAAGGGGUGGAUCGCGACCAAGUUCGUUGCUCGUUUCGUAUUGGAAUACCAAUGAAUUUUGAAGCAGUCUGCGCGUGACCCGAAUAUUAUUCGUUCGUCACCCUCUCUUCUUACCUUUUCCAUUUCCGUCUUGCUCGUUCCUCGUCGUUGUUACCUCGUCCGACAGUUCCAACUAUUAUUCUCGAAGAGUCGCGUCAUAGGCAUAGACGCGAAGCGGACAAAACAUUGUCCAAACGAACCGCGAAUUUGCCGAUCACGAUACGCUACGAUCGCGGAAGGGAGAGUAGUGACUCGAAGAAGGAUCGAGACCAGAAGUCCGGAACAUAGACCGAGACGAAGACCGAGAGCGCGGUAAAGAGGUGGGAGAGCGAGGGAACACAGUUGUGUCCGCUUUUGCAUCGUUCGUGCACGGGGACCAAAAGCAGCCAGGGUCGCCGUUUGCUUUCAGUCAUUGCGAAGAACGCGCGGACAUCGCAGUCGCGCCGAGUACUCGUGCGAGAUAGAUCGAGUCGUUCGUCGCGAGCACGCUCUCGACGCAGAAGAAAAGGAAAAUACAGCGUGAUCGAUCGAUCGACCAUCGAUCGUCGAGGCGAAGAGCCGUGUAGUCGAGAGAACGAUGCGUGGCAACGGUGAAACGAUCGUCGUUCUUCUGUUUGCGAUCGCGAUCGAUCGUUUGGGGACGAUAGUUGUGGGCUCGGCAGCGAGGACAGUGAGCGCGCGGCUGGACGAGCGAUGUGCCAGGGACGCGGAAUGCGAUUCCAGCAUCGAGGGUAGUCACUGUCGGAAUGGCUAUUGUCGCUGUUUGCCCUACUUUGCCGCGUACAACGGAACGUACUGCCUCGAGGCGACUCUUUUGGGCCAGGAGUGUCUCGUCGACGAGCAAUGCACCUUGAAAGUAGCCAACAGCGGCUGCUUGGAUGGCUUCUGCGGCUGCAGGGAUGGUUUCCUCCAAUUUCGUCGGCACACGUGUCUGGGUCCGGCGAAACUUGGCCAAGUUUGCUACGAACACGCCCAUUGUCGUCUAUGGCAGCGGAAUUCACACUGUGACUUCUUGAUCCCCAACUUGUUCGGACGUUGCCAAUGCACGGCACCUAUGCGUCGCGAAAACGAUAUUUGCCGACCCGACGAUCUGGUUAGACCUUUACCGCUGUUCGACGAUUUCUCGACUGAAACGAUCGCGACAGCGACGAUGUCGUCCCGCCACGACGAGCAAGCUCAAACGUUUGACGAUCGACGAGAGGACGAGGCGGAGAAAGAGAUGGAAACAGGAGUUCGAAUCGACUGGCUGAGAAAUGACACCGCGCAGUCGGCAAUCUCAUCGUUUCCCCUUGACGCGACUACCGAAACGACGAAUUCUUUCCACUCGCAAAACGUCUUACCGACGGCGGACUACGACAGUAGAGACGAUGCUAUCGUGGUCGAGGCACUCACCGAAACCGUGUCGUCGACGGUGUGGACGUCAGCGUCCGCUUCGAAAACAGAUCGACAGUCGGAGGUGGAGGCGACCGAGCCGCCAUCGGCCAUCAGUUUAGGACACGAUUGCGUCUCCGAUUUGGAAUGCCGGCUGGCGGAUCCUUACUCGAGAUGCAUCGAUGGAACGUGCGACUGUGGUUUCCGAGGAAACGGAAGCUGCUCCGCGAGAAAUACCGGUUGCGCGGCUGGCACCUUCCAAUGCAAGAAUUCCGGAAAAUGCAUCAGUUGGUUCUUCGUUUGCGACGGACGGCCGGACUGCGGCGACGGCUCGGACGAACGAUGCUCGGUGCGAGAGGGAGGGACGGAAUGCCCUGUACAAGCGUUCAGAUGUGGUAGGAGCGACGUUUGCGUGUCGAGAGCGCUAAUGUGCGACGGUAAACGGGACUGUCCGCGAGGCGAGGACGAGUUCGGCUGUAACAAUCGACGGAAAUGUCCGGAAGGAGCGUUCAGGUGUGACAACGGACAAUGCCUGCCAGCGUACGAGUUCUGCAACGCCGUGGUGUCUUGUCGCGACGGAAGCGACGAGCCAAAAGGAGUUUGUCGAAGGCAAGUUGGAAGCCGCGGCAGAGUCGCCACCAGACAUUGUCCGUUCAGGUGCGACAACAGCAGGUGUCGAUCGGACGCGAUCGCCUGCAGCGGCCGCGACGGUUGCGGCGACGGCUCGGACGAGAAACGCUGUUCCGUUUGUAGAUGUCCGCAAUUUCCUUAACUGGCCCCAGUAGGCGUUACAACGAACGAGCUGGAGAUUAGCCGAAUAACGAUGGUCGAUGUUACAAGCGUGGUGAUUCACGAGAUCCGAGGAGAGGACGAAUCAAUGGCUGCCUGACGUUCCAGCAUGGGGCAAGGUUCCGAUGCGACUGCCGAUCAUUUGUAUCCAAGCGUGUAUUUUUUGUAGAUUCGCGAUUCGAAUAAACGCACUGGAAAACCUGGAAGAA